AGAGUUUGCAUACAAUUGACAAAUGCUGGCUAUUUUAAUCUUUCAGAAGGAUAUAUAGCUGCUGCCAUAACGAGAUCUGCUGUAUGUCUGCAGUUUAUUUUAGUCACGUUUGUUUUGCAUGUAAGAAUUGGAUAUAAUAUCUUAUAAACUAACAUCAUGAAAUCAAUGAGGGAAGUUGAUCUGGAUACAUACAGUUUGUCUUUACUUACGGCAAAAGAAGACAUCCUAAAUCCACGCUCGUCAACAAACUGGGCUUUAUUUGCCUACGAUGGAAUAAUGAACAGGCUCAAACUGUCUGAUUCUGGAGUAGGUGGAUUGAAUGAGUUGACGGCUAAACUUCACCCUAGGCGGCCGCUUUAUGGGAUGUGCAGGGUGGGCAAAGCUCAACCCCGCAUCGCUAUGAUAUUAUGGGUAGGAAAAGAAGUGGAUGAGUACCGCAGAGCUGAAUGUGCCAGUCAUUUACCAGCGAUCAGGGCCUUCUUUAAGGAAGUUCACAUCUUUCUUCCUGCCCACACUUUGGAUGAAAUCACAGAGGAAAGGAUCUGUACUCUGGCCUGUAGUGCUGCAGCGGUGACGCAGGGGCCGAGAGGGAGACCCGGCCGCCGGGCAGAAGAUAGACAAGAUACUGUGGGCACUAAUUACAAGCGAAUAAUCGCAGCUGCGGAGAUCCAGAGAAUUCAGAGAGAUUCUUUUUGGGCACAAGCGGAGAGAGAAGAGGAGGAAAGGAAAAAGGAGGAACAGCGGAGGGCAGCAGAGGACAGGAGGCAAAGAGAGAAAGAACGACUGCUCCAGGAAAGGAGAGAUGCAAUAGAAAGAGAGAGGAGGAUGAAUGAAAAAGAACAGAAAAUAAAGGAGCAGAGGAGAAUGCAGGCCCAAAUGGAGGCAGAGACCCGGAAAGUGGAGAAAAUGAAAUGGAAGCACGAGGAAAGUGAGCGUGAAGAAGAGGAAAUCAAAGCUAGAUAUUCAUGCUCUCAAUCAGAGGAAAAAGCUGCGGAGGCAGCAGCUCUAGUGUCUCAGCGUGCAGCAAACCCAAGAGAGUUUUUCAGACAACUGUCCACCUCAAGUGUCCAUACACCCUCCAGUCCCAGCCCCACAUGUCCAGUCAGGAGUCCCUAUAGACGACUGCGUUGCAGUCAGACGGACAAUAUCUUCAGUUUUAAUGAAUCGCCUUCUUCUACACCAACAUCCCCGUACAGAUCAUCCGUUUUAUCGCCUUAUUUUAUGUCGUCCCCCACAUCCCAGAGCCCAAUCCUUUUCACUAGCACUUCAGCUUCCUCACUGCAAAAUGGUGCAGUGGUACCUACCACAAGCCAGAUCCAACUAUCUUCACCUAAGAUGAUGGAGCCACAAUUCCAAACUCAACCAUCAUCUUCAACCGAUGCAACUGAAUCUGAAAUCAAAACUCCCAUCAGUGAUAUACUAGAUAGUCUGGUCUUUUACCCACCUCCACCAGCCCCUGAGCAGUUCCAACCAGAUGAAUCACAGAUAGAGGAUGAGUUUCCUCCACCUCCCCCUGGUUUUGAGAAUUCACCAGAACCAUCUGUGAACCAGCCUGGGACACUUGACAAAGCCUUAGAGCCUCUUCUUCCUCCAUCAUGUGCUUUGGUACCUGGACCACCCAGCAGACCACUUCCUGCUCUGCCUGUUUCUCCACAAAUGCUGAAAGACCUGGAACCAGAGAGAGAUUUUACUGCUCGGGCAUCAGUUAUAUCUACGGUUGAGGAAGAGGAGGAUGAAGGAAGUGAAGAAAAAGAGAUUAAAUGUGAGGGGAAAGAUGCGACUGAAGAGACGGAUGGAGAGAGAGCGGGGCAGGAAGAAACGGGAGACAUAAUGAAAAGAGGAAAGGAAGAACAUGAUGGGACGACUAUGGAAAAACAUGAAAGUGAAAAAGAAUCAAAUGGUAAAACAAUGGCAGAAUAUGAGAGUGGAAAAGAACAAGAUGGGAAAAUGUUGGAAGAAUGUGAGAGUGCAGAAAAACAAGAUGGAAAAAUUAUGGAAGAACGUGAGGGUGAAGAAGAGAAAGUUGCGGAAAUUAUGGAAGAAUUUGAGAGUGGGAAAAUAAUAGAGGAACAAGAGAGUGAAAAAAUACAACAUGAAACAAUGAGGUUAGAGUGUGAGCUAGGAAAAGAGCAAAAUAGAGAAAUUACAGAAAAACCUGACGAAGAUGGGAAAGAUUCGGAAGAACAUGAAAAUGAAAAAAAGGUGGAAGAACAUGAGCAAGAUGGGAAAACUGUGGAUGGAUUUGACAGUGAAAAAGAUGAGAAAAGCAUGGAAAUAUCUAAAACUGAAACUAUGCAGUCUGUAAAGGUAAUGGAAGAAUGUGAGCAAGAAAAUAAGAAAAUGGAAGAAAGAUGUGAGGAAGAACAUGAGAGUGAAAAGCAAAAAGGUGGGAAAAUUUUGGAAGAAUCUGAAGUUGAAAAAAUACAUGAUGGGAAAGAUUUGGAAGAACAUGAAAGUGUAAAAAUUAUGAAAAAACAUGAGCAAGACAGGAAAAUUGUGGAUGCAUUUGACAAUGAAAAAGAGGAAUAUAAGAAAAGCAUAGAAGUAUCUGAAACUGAAACGAUACAAAAUGCAAAAAUUAUGGAAGAAUGUGGGCAAGAAAAUGAGCAAAAAAGAAAAUUGGAAGAAAAAUGUGAGGAAGAACAUGAGAGUGAAAAGGAUAAAGAUGCGAAAAUUAUGGAAGAACUUGAGGUUGAAAAAAUACAAGAUGGGGGCAUCAUGGAAGAACCUGAAAGUGUAAAAGACCAAGACUGGAAAAUUACAGAAGAAUUUGAGUGUGAAAAUAUACAAAAUGCAAAAAUGACAUUACAGUGUAUGAGAGAAAAUGAGAAAGAUGUGAAAAUUGUGGAUGCAUUUGACAAUGAAAAAGAACAAGACAAGAAAAGCAUGGAAGUAUCUGAAACUCAAACAAUACAGGAUGCAAAAGUUAUGGAAGAAUGUGGACAAGAAAAUGAGAAAAUGGAAGAAAGAUGUGAGGAAGAACAUGAGAGUGAAAAGGAACAAGCUGGGGAAAUUAUGGAAGAAAAUAAGGUUGAAAAAAUACUAGAUGGGAACAUCAUGGAAGAGCAUGAAAGUGAAAGCCAGAAAAAUGAGCAAGAUGGUAAAAUUGCGGAUUCAUUUGACAGUGAAAACGAACAAGACAAGAAAUGCAUGGAAACAUCUGAAACUGAAACAAUACAGUAUGCAAAAAUGAUGGAAGAAUGUGGGCAAGAAAAUGAGCAAAAUUGGAAAAUUGCAGAGAAUUAUGAGGAAGAACAUGAGAGUGACAAGGAACAAGCUGGGGAAAUUAUGGAAGAACAAGAGGAUGAAAAAAUACAAGAUGGGAACAUCAUGGAAGAGCAUGAAAGUGAAAGGCAAAAAAAUGAGCAAGAUGGGAAAACUGUAGAAAAAUGUGAAGAAGAAUAUAAGUGUGAAAAAGAAUUUGAUGGAGAAAUGAUGGAAGAAUAUGGAAGCGAAGAAAAACAAGAUGGGAAAAUUGUAGAUUCAUUUGACAAUGAAAAAGCACAAGACAAGAAAUGCAUGGAAACAUCUGAAACUGAAAAAAUACAAUAUGAAAAAAUGAUGGAAGAAUGUGGGCAAGAAAAUGAGCAAAAUUGGAAAAUUGCAGAGAAAUGUGAGGAAGAACACGAGAGUGAAAAGGAACAAGCUGGGGAAAUUAUGGAAGAACAUGAAAUUGGAAGCCAAGAAAAUGAGCAUGCUGUGAAAACGGUAGAAAAAUGCGAAGAAUAUAAGAGUGAAAAAGAAAUGGAAGAACAUGUAUGGAAAGAGAAACAAGAUGAAAAAAUUAUGGAUGCAUUUGACGGUGAUAAAGGACGAGAUGAGACAAGCAUAGAAGUAUUUGAGGCUGAAAAAUUACAAUAUGCAACGAAGAUGGAAGAACAUGAGUCAAUGAAUUGGAAAAUAACUGAAGACUAUGACAGUGAAAAAAUAAGAAAUGGAGACAGAGAAGAACAUGAAAUUGAAAAAGAAGGGAGGAAAGUGGUGGAAGUUUUUGAGACUGAAAAUACACAAGAUGUAAAAGGUAUGGAAGCAUGUGAGCAAGAAAAGGUGCAAGAUGGAAAAAAUGUAGAUGAACGUGAGAGCAAAAAAGAAGAUGAUGGUGAAAAACAAGAAGGUAGAAGAUUGGAAAAAGACCAGGAUUGUAAAAUUGGGGAAAGCGAAAAAAUACAAUAUGAGAACAUCUUGGGGGAAUUUGAAAGUGAAAACAAACAAGACAGUAUGACAGAAAACCAACAGCAGGACAAACUGAACCAAGAUAAUGAACGAAUGCCACACAUGGAUGUAGAUAAAGCAGUGAACGUGACUGUGCUCAGGACGGAAGAAUCCAACACAGAGAUUAUAAAGAGGGAUGAGGCGACAGAAGAACGUGUUAAAGAGGUAAAACCUGAUCAAGAAAAUGACAGGGAACAGACAGACAGAUCUUUAAUCCAGACAGAGGAGGCUGACACAGUUUUUUCUCAGCAUGCACUCUUCCCAGAAUCCCACGCUACAGAGCCAUCUCAAAUCAGUGACGCAUGUAUUUCUGAAAGCAUUUCAACCACUCACGAUAAAACUGUGCCAAAGAUGAGCUCAACUGAUACCUCACUCCAAAUGAACUUGCCAACCAUUGAGGUCAAAUCAGAUCUUUCAAGUUCGACAAAUCAAAGAGAUUCAGACAUGAAAGAGAAAACUGAAUCUGCUGACUCUCAAGCUUCCUCAGAGAACAGCCAGGAUUCCACAUCACCUGAUACAGAAACAUGCGCUACAGUGAAGGAUAAACAGACAGAUGCAGGAGUGCUUAAAGAGGAGAAAAUUGUGGACAGCAGCCAUGAUUUCGCAGAUUUUUCGCUUGAUUCUAUAGCUGAGAAUCAAGCUGGGAUUGGACAAUCCGAUGAAGGGGAAGGGCUUGUACCUGUCAGUCAUUUCUCAGAAGACUCAGAUUCUAAAGUGGACCUAAAAUGUUGUAUUACUCAUCAGCUGGAUCCGACCGAUGAUAUAAGUGAUGCUGAAGAAAGAAAAGAGGCUAUAUCACUCCUAGCCAAAGACACAGAUGUGGAGCAGAACUCAAAAUGCGAUUCUGACGCCGACCAAGUUAAUGAAGACAUUAAACAAGAAAGCGAAACCAAUGUGGAAACUCCCAGCGACAUGAGGAAUGAUAAGAUAGCUGAUGAAAAGUGAAGAGCAUAAUUGGAGAUAUCAUGGGAACUCUGUGCCAAUCAUAGAUGAGCCUGUUUAGAGAAAUAUGACUAAAAGAUAUUUCUCUCAACCAAUCACUGGAGGCCUUUCAGUGAUACACAAAUUAUUCUCAUGUGUGCACAAUAAUGCAAUAUUAAGAACUACGUCCACAAAUGCACUCAACAUAUAACAGGCUCCAAGUGUUUGAGACCACACUGAAAAUUAAGAAAAUGUAUACAUUUUUAAAAAUUCUGUGAAAUGUUAUUUUGUAAAAUAAAGCAGCUGUAUUUGUCAAAUCAUGCUGGAGAAUAUGAUUAUCAUGACACACCAAAUACUAAGACAUCAUAGACUGAUGUUCAUUUUUUCUAUUUAGCUUUUCACUCAUAUUGAUAAUAUAAUUUGUAUUGGAUAAAAUGCACUAUAUUAAAAAAAAAAACAUUAAUUUUCACAAACAGACUCAGACUUUUGACUGUAGGUUAUGUGUAGUUACAGAGCAUAUAUGU